AUGCCUUCAAGUACCAUCGCCUCCAAGUCCAAGCCCCUCCCGCCGGGGGUUUACACCCCUGUUGUUACCAUCUACAAAGCCGGCGACCCUCUUCAGCCCGUCGACCAUGACGCCAUGUACAAGCAGUGCCAGGCGCUUGUCGGCGCAGGCAUGCAUGGUCUCGUCUACCUGGGCACCAACGGCGAGCUCGCCCUCCUGACGGCCGACGAGCGCAAAGCAAUCGUCCAGACCGCGGCCCGCGCCGUCAAAGAUCUCCAGAAGCCCGACUACCCCAUCGUGGCCGGCAUUUCCGCACAGUCGACUCGCGAGUCCAUCCUGAACGCCCAGGAUGCCGCGAGCGCCGGCGCCAACUUCGCGCUGCUCCUGCCGCCGAGCUACUGGGCCAAGGCGCUCUCCAACGACGCGAUUCUGGGGUACUACCGUGACGUCGCUGAUAACUCGCCCAUCCCGAUCGUCAUUUACAACUUCCCCGGCGUGACAUCUGGCGUGGAUCUUGACUCCGAUCAGCUCACGACUCUCGCGUCGCACCCUAACAUCGUGGCCGUAAAGUUGACUUGCGGAAACGUGGGUAAGCUCACGAGGUUAACGAGCAAGUUCGCCCACGAGCAGUUUGGUGUUUUCGGCGGUAGCAGUGACUACCUGCUCCCUACACUGCAGGCGGGAGGAAGUGGCUGCGUGACAGGAAUGGGUAACAUCUUCCCCGGUUCUACGUCUGCUGUAUACGACUUAUGGAAGGCUGGAAAGGUAGAGGAGGCGCAGAAGCUGCAGUACGACGUGGCAAACGCGGAGUGGGCUUGUAAGAAGGGUAUUGCUCUGACCAAGUAUGGCGCAUGGCACUUCCUCGGUCGUGACAUUGGCAUCGCGGAUGAGUCCUCGUGGUACAUGAGGAAGCCGUAUCUGCCGCUAGCUGACGCCACUAAGAAAUGGGCCUUGGAGACAUUAGGAGUACUAGAGACGACGGAAAAGCGAAGAUCAUGGAGUAAAUAG